AUGCAAUCUGAUGAAUUUUGUGUUGAGUGAGUUAAAAAAAAGUCAUCAGGGCUGCUCAAAUGAGGCUCGGUUCAACACAGGGUUUUGUGGGAAAAAUUUUCCAAUUAGUUUAUAAUAAAUUACUAUAGUUGAACCUCACUCUAGUUGAACCUCAUUUCACACUCAAAAAUAUGUUUCAAGGUAUCCCAAUGGUGGUCGAAUCAAUAAGAGAAGGCAAUCCACUGUAAGAUCAUUUUGUUUCUUCCAAUACCACAAACUGAACACUUUUUAGAGUUGGGAUAAUGAGGUGAAAGCAUUGGAAUUAUCAGUUCCCAAGACAGAUCGAAGAAAUUCUCAUACAUUAGCUCAACUUCUCGAAUCCACUCGACAAGCAUCUGUUGAUUCCAAAGAUGAACAUGAUAUUGAGGUUUUUUGAACAUUUUCAAAAAAAAUCUGAACCGUAACAUUUACAAUAUUUUCCUAGGAUGCAAUUCUGACUAGAAGAAAAAGUAUGAAUUCUCGAAGAAGUUCGAUUGCUGAACUAUCUGAUAGUGGAAUUACCACAACUAAUUCGGAUGAUUGUGUUGUUUUGACACAAACUCUUGGGACUUCAACUACUUAUUUUUUUCAAAAAGAACCAACGGCAAUGAAUAUGAAUUUGAGACCAUCUGCAAAGGAGAGAGGUUUAUAUAAUGUGAGUUAUCAACAUUUUAUAGAAAAAACAAAUUUCUGGAUGUUUUGUGAAAAUUAUGAAUCGACAUUGAAGUUUUAUGUAUUCAAAAAUAUUAAAAUUUUUGCAGUUCGAUGACAUGAUUAAAGAAAAACCAACUCGUCCAACUGACACACCACGUCCAUCUGUUGUCCAUCUUCCUCCACCACCACCAAUUCUAUCAACAAUUCCAAAAUAUUCUGGAGAUUUACCAGUUACAACAUGUGAAUCUUCUAGACGUCCUUCUCAAUUCGAAAGAGGACUUCCAUGUGUAAGUUGUUUCUCACAUUCACUAAAUUAUACUUUUUUCUUAUUUUAGCUCAAAUUUCAAACAACUGAACAACCAGUUAUGUAUCGAGGAAGGACACUUGAAAAGGUAAUUGUUAAUGUGAGAAUUUUCUUUUUGUCUUUUUUACUUAUGUUUUUUUGCAGCAAAGGCGAGGAGAUCCCCGUUUCAACAAUGAACUUGAUGUUGGAUUUUUUAAACUAUUUUUUUUUGUUUUUUUUUAAGUUACAUAGACGCGACUUUCAAAUUUCAAAUUUUCAGAGAAUAAUCGCAAAUCGUCGUAAAAUAUUAGAGGAAGAAGAAGCUGUUCGAGAAUCUUCAAAUUUGAUUAGGCCAAGAUCGAGAGAUCCAGUUCGGAUUCAACAAAGACCACAUCAUUAUAACGGACAGAUUCCCAAUUUGAAUUCCCCGAUUAGAUUGAUGGAGGUAUUUUUUAUUCUUUUUUUCUUGAACUAUUGACUGGCUAUCUCGAAAACUAGAACGAGGGGAGAUUAGAUUUUUAUUUGUGGAAUUGAUGUUAUGAAUUUACAAGGUUUUUUCGGGAUAUCCUUUUUUCCUGUCCGCUAACAAAAUGCUUUUGAGAUCAGGAUCACAUGUUCAAUGAAACACCAUUCAAACAAAUAUCUUUUUAAAACGGAUUUUGAUAACACAUUUUUGAAGAAUGAUCAAUUUUGUAGUUUGUAACGCCUUCCUGUUUAAAUUAAAUCAAAUUAAAAAGCAACAUAUGUUCAGGAACUUCGUACGCAAAUUGAUGGAACAGGAGAAGUUGAUCGAAUUGUCAAAGAAAAGAAAACGACAACGGUGACCGAAACUAGAGAAAUUAUUUAUUUCACGCAUCGCUUACCUUCUUCUAUCGCUAUAUCGACUAAUGUUCGGCUUUUUUCUUUAUCUUUUAUCUCUUUUGGAAUUUUUCUUUGAAAAUUGAAUGAAACAACUUUUUACAGCUUUCAUCGACCGGUGUUCCUGUCAAUCAAAAUCGUAGAUCGAUCACUAGUUUAGAUAAUUCAUGGUAAGAAAAAAAUCGUUUCUUUCUGCCAGUCGAGAAAGUAGGUGAAGAAAUAUUUUGAAACCUGAUGUAAAAUAUAAAAAUAUGUAAAAGAGUUAUGGCUUACAUUAGAAACCUACUUUAUUGGUCUGAUGUUUUAAAUUUCAAAACCGCAAAGAACAUCAAUUCUUUGGCUCCGCUACCUUCUUCCCGUCUUUACAUUUUUUCUACAAAAUUAACAUUUUUAGUCCUCCAAUACUUGAUCGUCCAUAUGUAAGAGCAUCUGAUUUGAAGCCACCAAUAUCUUCACCACAUAAACAAGUCACUAUUCGAGUUCCAGAGCAUCAGGUAAAUAAAACAAAAAUGAUAUACUUCAACACAGAAAUACAAACAAAAUUUUAAAAAAUAUAUAGGAACAUGUUCAUCAUACCUUGAGGAGAUCAGCUACACCUUCACCACAUAACGUUAGGUUUUGUAAAAUUUAAUGUUGUUGUUUAGUAUUUACUCCCAGCAUGUUUUAAGCAUCAACUAAAUUCACUAAAAAUAAUAAAAAUAUAUUUUAUUUCAGACUUCUGACAUCUGCAGAGAAGGAAACUCUUCGUCGUGA